UGCAUGAGAGAGAGAGGAGGAAAACUCAGAAGGAAGUGGCUUAGCCUCAAUAAACUCUUUUUUACUCCCAAAGCCUUUCUCCUCUGACUCGGCUGAGACUGCUGCUCUGAGAGGAGACCCCUGACUCAGAGAGAACCCCCGCCUGCCGUCAGAGGCUGAAGGGGCCCUGGAAGCUUUUCUCGGUUCCUGUCUAUUCCAGCAGCCCCAGAGGCUCUGAAGCCCUCCCAUGAAUCCUCAGAAGAAGGUGGACCUCAAGCUCAUCAUCAUUGGAGCCCUGGGUGUUGGAAAGACUUCCCUCCUCCACCGCUUCGUGCACAAGACAUUUUACGAGGACUAUCAGACCACACUGGGAGCCAGCAUCCUCUCCAAGAUUAUCAUACUGGAUGACACAACUUUGAAGCUACAGAUCUGGGACACAGGAGGACAGGAGCGAUUCCGCUCCAUGGUGUCUACAUUCUACAAAGGCUCUGAUGGCUGCAUCCUGGCUUUUGACGUCACUGACCUGGACACCUUUGAAGCCCUGGAAACCUGGAGGGGUGAUGUUCUGGCCAAAACCAUUCCAAUGGAGCAGUCCUACCCCAUGGUGGUGCUGGGGAACAAGAUCGAUCUGGCAGACCGGCAGGUGCCACAGGAGGUAGCCCAAGACUGGUGUAAAGAGAAGGAUAUUCCCUAUUUUGAAGUCAGUGCCAAGAAUGACAUCAAUGUGGUACAAGCCUUCGAGAUGCUGGCCAGUCGGGCUCUGUCAAGGUAUCGAAGCGUCUUAGAGAAUUACCUCACAGACUCCAUCAAGCUCUCACCAGACGGCCAGUCCAAGAGCAGUUGCUGCUGACCUUCCCGACUCCCACUCUGCACACCCAGGGACAGAGCACGCGCAGGGCCUGGUCAUCCUGGGCCCCCACCAGCCCCACUGCCCGCCCAAGCUCAGAUGGCAGUCCAGGCUCUGUGGCCAGAGCCCUGAAUCCCUCGCAUCUGCUCUGGACCCAGAACCAGAGGGCGGCCCUGCCUCCGGCUGAGUGUAGAGAGGCCGGGGCUGGGCCCUUGAGCCUGGAUGAAACUCCGGAUGUCACAGCCAAACCCCAGAGGAGUCACGAUUCCCUCGCGGACUCCAGCUUUCUUGCCACACGCCCUUCCUAGCCACACCCCUGCUCCAGAACGCACAUCUCUGCAGGCAGGCCGCUCUCUCUGGAGUCCUGUUAUAUUCUCCUACGGACUGGCCUUCCUCAGCCCAUCCACCACACCCCCCAAGAGCCACAGCACAGCUUUGGACAAGGGUGCAGCUCAGGCUCCCUCAUAACCGGGCCCAGGGAGUGAGGGUCUACCUCUACCCCUGGCAGCAGCUGUUCAGGCCUGGGACACCCCCUGUUUGUCCCCUCCAGAACGCAGGACUGAGGAAGCACAGGAAAAACCCACCGGGGACUGGUGCAUUUCUCCCUGCUGGUGCACAGGCAACUCCCAUAACUCUCUUUGAGCUUCAGCUUAUUCAUCUGUCAAAUGAGAGUCACAUGAGCCCUGCCCACAUCAGUGUGAUUUUGAGGACCAGAACCUCUGCUUGAAUCUCAGUUGCU